ACAUAUGUAUGUAUAUGUAUGUAUAUACUCUGGUCAGGCUCAAUUCGCUUCUAUCAACAUACAGAUAGAAAGACGUAAUUGUGAGGAAGAGUGUAACGUUACUAAAGUUAGCACGGAAAAAGGUUGUGAUUCUGUUUAUCAACGUUUAUACAAGGUGUCAUCAUUAUGACAGACGAACGAUUAGACUUUGUGAUAUUUGGAGCUACUGGAUAUACUGGAAAAUAUGCUGUAAAAGUAGCAGCACAAUUAGCUAAAGAAAAACAAAUGAAAUUUGGAGUAUCUGGACGCAGAAAGCAAGCUUUACAAGCAGUUGUUAAAGAAUUUGCUUCUGAUAUUGAAGAUGUACCUAUAUUGAUUGCUGAUUUGAAAGAUGAAGAGUCUUUAAAAAAAAUGACAGCGCAAGCUAAAGUGCUUGUUAAUUGCUGUGGUCCAUAUAGAUUUUAUGGAGAACCAGUAAUUAAAGCAUGUAUUGCUACACAUACUCAUCAAGUUGAUGUCAGUGGUGAACCACAGUAUAUAGAAAGUAUUCAACUGAAAUAUAAUAAGGCAGCAGAAGAAGCUGGUAUCUAUAUCAUAAGUGCAUGUGGAUUUGAUAGCAUACCAUGUGAUCUUGGUAUCAUUUUUACACAACAAAAAUUUAAUGGUGAAGUCAAUUCUAUUGAAACCUAUCUAAAUACAUGGGUAACUACAAAAGUUAGUGGUGCUCUCAUUCAUUAUGGAACGUAUGAAUCAGCAAUUUAUGGUAUUGCAAAUUUUCAUGAAUUACGCGAGUUGCGUUCCAAACUCUAUCCUGAGAGAUUACCUCAAUUCUGGCCAAAGCUUAAACCAAGGGGUUUCCUCCACAAAUCUCCUAUAUCAGAAGGUUGGUCUAUGGUAUUUCCAGGAUCUGACCGUUCUGUAGCUCUGCGUACACAGCGAUUUUUGUAUGAAAAAUACAAACAACGGCCAGCUCAAGUUCAAACUUAUUUUACACUCAAGUCUCUUUUCUCUGUGUUGACAACCGCCAUUUUCGGUUUAAUAUUUGUAAUGUUAUCUAAAUAUGAAUUUGGUCGUAAUUUGUUACUAAAGUAUCCUACAUUCUUUUCCGGUGGAUAUAUAAGCCGCGAAGGCCCUAAGCCGGAGAUACUGGAUAACACUCGUUUCUCCAUAACCUUUAAAGCAGAUGGAUGGACUGAAAGAUUGGUUGAACCUACUGAUAAACAUGACAAGUUACCAAACAAAGUAAUGAUUACUAAAGUUAGUGGAACCGAUCCUGCAUAUGGCGCUACAUGCGUUAUGUUACUACUUUCUGCUAUAACAAUACUUAAGGAAUCCGAUAAAAUACCUGUAACUGGUGGUGUCUUAUCUGCUGGUGCUGCAUUUAAUAAAACAUCAUUGAUCGAUGAGUUGAUAAAGAAGGAUAUAAAAUUCGAAGUUGUUUCUUCCACUGAAACAUAAAGUCUUUCAUAUACUUACAGGUUACAGGUACAACUUUGCUCUAUUAUAAUGAAAACAAAAAUAUAGGAAUGGGGAACAUUGCGUUUUUUGUUUUGUAGUUAUAUUUAAAUUUGAUACCAAUAUUUUCAAUUUUCCAACUAAUUAACACUCCACAGAUAGCUAUUUUUUAUAGAGAUAUUUUUAUCUACAUAAUCGCAUUUAAAACAAUUUGCAGACGGUAAAAUAUUUUUUAAGUAUUUUUGAAUACUAAAUAACAAGCUUGAGUUUGCAAAGAUUAUUUGAAACGUGCUUUGAAUAUGCGCAUAAAAAUAUACUGAUAUAAGUAAAUAUAUAUAUAUCGAAGAAAAAAAUGCAAAACAUACUUAUCUAUGAUAACACUGCAUUUCUUUUGUGUUUAAUUGACAAAAUUAAUUUUUUUAUGAGUGUUGGUAAUUGUCGUAAUUUAAUAUAUGAUAAUAAUACUGAUAUAAUAAAAUAACUACUUGUUUUGCUAAAAACAAUAAUACGUGAUAUAUAUAUAUAUAUAUAUAUAUAUAUAUAUAUAUAUAUACAUUUACAUUUUCUAUAAAUGUAUCAUUAUAUAAAGUAUAAUACAAAAAAAAUAUAUUUAUUGAUUACUGAAACUAUGUAUAUGUGCUCGAUUAACGCACAUCAUAUAAAUCUUUAUAUUUCUAAUUGAUGAAUGAGUUAAUGUUAAUGCUUUAUAUUUUAUUUCUUAUACUUUAAUAGAUGUUAAUCAUUUGUAUUAUCUUCUUAAUAAAACUGCUUUUCAUUACAAAUAAA